AUGGAGAUCAUCGAGCGGGUGAAGAGCGGGGAGCGGCCCAGCUUCCGGCCCUCGGCCAACGUGGGCUGUCACCUGGAGGAGCUGGGGCAGCUGAUGCAGCACUGCUGGGCCGAGGACGUCCUGGAGCGCCCCGACUUCAACCAGAUCAAGGUCCAGCUCCGCAAGUUCAACAGGGAGAGCAGCACCAACAUCCUGGACAAUCUCCUGUCGCGCAUGGAGCAAUACGCCAACAACCUGGAGGAGCUGGUGGAGGAGCGCACGCAGGCGUACCUGGAGGAGAAGCGCAAGGCCGAGGCUCUGCUCUACCAGAUCCUGCCCCACUCGGUGGCGGAGCAGCUCAAGCGGGGGGAGACGGUGCAGGCGGAGGCGUUCGACAGCGUCACCAUCUACUUCAGCGACAUCGUGGGCUUCACGGCGCUGUCGGCGCAGAGCACGCCCAUGCAGGUGGUGACGCUGCUCAACGACCUCUACACCUGCUUCGACGCCAUCAUCGACAACUUCGACGUCUACAAGGUGGAGACCAUCGGGGACGCCUACAUGGUGGUGUCGGGGCUGCCGGUGCGCAACGGGAAGCUGCACGCGCCCGAGGUGGCCCGGAUGGCGCUGGCCCUGCUGGACGCCGUGCGCUCCUUCCGCAUCCGCCACCGGCCGCAGCAGCAGCUGGAGCUGCGCAUCGGCAUCCACACGGGGAUCAGGAUCAGAUGGGAUCGGGUUCAGGAUCAGGAUGGGAAUCUCGGGAUGGGAUCGGAAUGGGAUUGGGAUGGGAUCAGGAAGGGAUCAGGAUUGGCCGGAGCUGCUGAUCCCCAGCAGCUCGCCAGGGAUGUGAAGAGGGAUCUUGGAGGGAUCUCCAGGGAUCUUGAGGGAAUCUCCAAGGGAAUCAUUUGGGGUUUUUGUCUCCUCCAGUCCAACGUGGCGGCUUCCAACGCCAAACUGGCGCUGUUCUACGAUUGGCUGUUCUUCAACCCCGAGAAGGACAGCAUCAUGAACAUCGAGCCCGCCAUCCUGGUCAUGCACCACUCCAUGAAGCCGCACCCGGCCAUCACGGCCACGCUGCUGGAUUUCAUGUGCCGGAUCAUUCCCAAUUUCUACCCCCCUCUGGAAGCGCACGUCCGGCAGGGCGUGUUCAACUCCCUCACCCACAUCGUGGAGAAGCGAGUCCUGGCGCACCUGGCCCCGCUCUUCGACAACCCCAAGCUGGACAAGGAGCUCCGGGCCAUGCUCAGGGAGAAAUUCCCGGAGUUCUGCAGCUCUCCCUCGCCCCCCAUCGAGGUGAAAAUCGAGGAGCCGGUUCCCAUGGAGAUGGAGAAUCACCUGGAGAAGGAUGACGGUUGCUAUGACAACGCCGAGGCCGCCUUCAGCGAUGACGAGGAGGAGCUGAACAGCAAAGGGAAGAAGAGGGAGUUCAGGUUCCACCCGAUCAAGGAAUCCAUCGUGGAGGAGCCGGUGGACAUCACCCCGUUCCUGGAGCAGCUGGACGAGUCCCUGAAGGACAAAGUGCUGCAGCUGCAGAAGGGCAGUGACACGGAGGCGCAGUGCGAGGUGAUGCAGGAAAUCGUGGAUCAGGUCCUGGAGGAGGAUUUUGACUCGGAGCAGCUGUCGGUGCUGGCCUCGUGCCUGCAGGAGCUGUUCAAGGCUCACUUCCGCGGGGAGGUUCUCCCGGAGGAGAUCACCGAGGAGUCCCUGGAGGAGUCCGUGGGGAAGCCCCUGUACCUGAUAUUCCGGAACCUGUGCCAGAUGCAGGAGGACAACAGCGGCUUCUCGCUGCUGCUGGACCUGCUGUCCGAGCUCUACCAGAAACAGCCCAAGAUCGGCUACCACCUGCUCUACUACCUGCGGGCCAGCAAGGCGGCGCUGGGCAGGAUGGGGCUGUACGAGUCGUUCGCUCAGGCCACGCAGCUGGGGGAGCUGCACACGUGCCUGAUGAUGGACAUGAAGGCGUGCCAGGAGGACGACGUGCGGCUGCUCUGCUUCCUCACGCCCUCCAUCUACACCGAGUUCCCGGACGAGACCCUGCGGAGCGGGGAGCUGCUGAACAUGAUCGUGGCCGUCAUCGACUCCUUCCAGCUGCAGGAGCUCGUGUGCCACGUGAUGAUGGGAAACCUGGUCAUGUUCCGCAAGGAUUCCGUGCUCAACAUCCUCAUUCAGAGCCUGGACUGGGAGACCUUUGAGCAGUACUGCACCUGGCAGCUGUUCCUGGCUCACAACAUCCCCCUGGAGACCAUCAUCCCCAUCCUGCAGCACCUCAAGUACAAGGAGCAUCCCGAGGCCCUGUCCUGCCUCCUGCUGCAGCUCCGCAGGGAGAAGUGAGUGCGGCCUUCCCUGGGACGG